UCCCACUGACACAUCACUAUAUUUUAGUAAAACAACAAUAAGAAAAGUGAAUUACAAUUUAGAAAUGACACCAAAAUAUUUUAAUUUUAAUAUGUAGUUGAGAAGAUAAAAUGUAUGUGGUUAGGAAAAUAAAAAGAUAUACAGUUCAUUAAACUGAGCUACUUGUUAAAGUUGCCGGGUUGUUGAAAGGGAAAUAAAUAGGUAUAAUUUCCUGUUGUCAUCCAUGCUGGAAGACGUGGCUUUAUGAAACCUCUCCAGCUACUCUCAAUUACUGCUGACUACACCCUCCUCUCCACUACAUCUUUCUUUCUCAUACUACUGUCACAACUGUAGAGAGGUCUGUCAUAUCACUCAACCUCUAUCUGGCUGUCAGGACCGCUACAGUUUUAUCCUCAACAUGCCGCGACAGCAGGAAUUAAUGGAUAAAGCUGAGGAUGUGGUGGACCUGAUCCUCCGAAAUAGCAAAUUCUUUUUACCUCAUGUUGCCCGAUUCUGUUUAAUUAGCACCUUCUUAGAAGAUGGAAUUCGUAUGUGGAGUCAGUGGAAUGAACAACAAGACUACAUGAACUCCACCUGGGGCUGUGGUUGGCUGUUAGCAGCGUUCUUUGUUGUUUUUAACUUAGUUGGACAACUAGGAGGUUGUAUAAUGAUAUUAAGUAGACAGAAGGUAUCUGCUGCUUGUGGUAUAUUGUUUGGUAUCAUCUUUAUACAGACUGUGGCAUAUAGUAUUCUGUGGGAUUUGAAAUUUUUACUCAGAAAUUUGGCUCUUGCUGGUGGAGUGUUAUUGUUGCUAGCAGAAUCUAAAGCAGAAGGUCGCAGUCUGUUUGCUGGUUUACCAAGCCUAGGAGAAAAUAACCCUAAGCAAUAUAUGCAACUCAGUGGCCGAAUUUUGUUAGUUCUUAUGUUUCUUACACUUCUGCGUUUUGACUUGAACCUGUUUCAAAUAAUUGAGAACUUGGUGGGCACUGGUCUCAUUUUGUUGGUUGCCGUUGGUUACAAGACUAAACUGUCUGCAUUGGCACUUGUUGUUUGGCUGACAGCACUGAAUUUUUAUUUCAAUGCUUGGUGGAAUAUUCCAGACUAUAGGCCAAUGCGAGAUUUUCUAAAAUAUGACUUUUUCCAAACUUUGUCUGUUGUUGGUGGACUGUUACUUGUUGUAGCCUAUGGGCCUGGGGGUGUAAGUAUGGAUGAACACAAGAAAAAUUGGUAAUCUGCUACACCAUUACAGUUCAGCUGAACUCUCCUAUUCUUGUUCCAGCUUCAAUAUGUGGCUAUUGUCUUAUUUUUCAUCAGUUCUGUUUUCUUAUUCUUUCUUUAAAAUGGUUGUGGAUCAAACAUUCUGAUACACUAACUUUGGUUUCCUUCCACUAGUACUGUCUUUUGUAAUCAAUUUAUAGAAUCAGAGAAAUGAAAUUUUAAGAAGAAAGUGAAAGAUAGAUGAAUGAAAUAACUUGAAUGAAUAUGAAUUAUUAAAGAAAGAGAGAAUAGUUUUAAGAAACUUUAAUACCUUACAAAGAGCAAGAGGUUUUACCAUGCUGUAAGGUCUCAUUUAGAAACACUGCAUUUCUGUGUAUAUAGAUCUCUCAAAUUGCUCUACUACAAUUUAUUUGAUCUUUCUGUUUUUUUUGGGUUUUUUUUUCAGAUAAAUUUAAUGAAGUAUGUUUUGUUUCCAAAAGUUUUUUUUUAAAUCCCAGAGAAAUUUUGAAAUAUUCUAAAAUGUACUGCUUACAAACUGAAUAGUUCUAUUUAUUAGAAUUUCUAUAAGAUAAUGUUCUCUCUUCAACACAUACACCAUUUAACAGGUAUUUCUAAAACAAAAUUGUAGUUGUUUUUUUUCUCAGUAUAUUGAUUCAAAUAUAUUGGUCCUUUAAGAGAAGUUAUCACCCUGUAAAUGGUCAUUAAACAUACUAUUACAACUUAAAUUACAACACCAUUUUCAUUUAUGGUCUCCAUAUUGCUCAACUCUCUCUACCACAAAUAUUUUUUUUUCUUUUUCAAUGCAAUAAUGUUGAAACUUUUCUGUUCUCAAAUGGAGUAACAAAAUCUGUCCCUGAACCUACUGGCCCUUAUUGUUCAUCUAAUUUGUUAAUUUCAUUAAUUGAAAACUUAAUGGCUGGAUAUUUGUAGAUGUUAGUAAAGACAAGAAAACAAAAUGCUGAAAGAGAGAAAUUCAAAUAUUUUUUCCCCCACUUUAUUUCUUAUGAUCUAAACCUUCUAAUUAUGUGUGAAAUUAAUUUUUGAGAAGAUAACACAAAAUUGGAUGGUGAUGUUAAGUAAAAAGCUUACAACUGCUUUCCUUAUUAAUAAAUUUACUAAUUAUAAUGUGCAGUGCAUUAACAUUAUUGUAAACCAUGCUGCAAAACUUUCAAAUGGAGACAGUCUCACUGUUUUAUUUGACAGCAGCAAUCUUUUUAUUUUACUCCUUUUUGAGUAAAAGUUGUUUGUUGCGUAACUGAAUCUGUUCAGGAGUAUUUUUGAUUACUUCAGUUUGUGGAGUUCUGAUUGCUGCAGGCAUUGUGUUCUGCUGUUUAACUUUUUCUGUUUUCUACCAUCGUUAAACAUUUCAUGGCAGCAUUUUAUGUAUGUUAUGGACAGAAGAAUGUUUGUAGCCCCAGCAUAUGUAUGUACAUAAUGGUCAUUCUGGUGUUAUUUAUUUAUAGUUAUUCUCCACUAUAAAUAUGCAAUUCAUUUUGAUAUUUUGCCAGCUAUGUCAAUGUUUGUCAAAUUUCCACUUUAUAUUUUUGAUUUUUACACCAACUUAUCAAAAAAUAUCCUGCCCAUCAUUUUUUUUUAUUCUGUCUUAUAAUAUUUUUUCUGUAAAGUGGAGGAAUUCUCAAUCGGAUUUUAUGAAAACUGAUGAAAUCCUGGCUGUUGAGAUACACUUUGAUGUGCUAUAAGCUUUGCUUGUAAAUACCUAACAGCUAUAUGGCUACUUGGCUUCUCUUCAUUAUCUUUCAGAAUUGCCAUCAACCUCACACAUUUAACAUCAGCAUGAAUACUAUGUUUUUUCAGCAUAAGUUAAAUGAUAUCAUCCUCUUGGAAGAAGGAAUUUUUUAGAGUAAUUUCCAAUUCCUUUCAGAGUCAUUUAAUCUCUGUAAUAUUUGACACUUUAUUUUCUCUAAAUUGCCUGCUGUCUGUCAAUAAUUGUAUGUACAUAUAUGUUGUGCACAUAUAUAUAUAUAUAUAUAUAUAUAUAUAUAUAUAUAUACACAUACACACACACUGUGUAUGUAUAUGCAUAUACUGUGCAGUCCUGUUUAACUGCAUGUUGCUUCAUAUUAACCUACCAAAAGCUCAACCCACUGCUAGAGUUUCAUAGAUCUUAAAUUGUCCUAUUACUGGACACUUAUUACUCAGUCAACUACUGAGCGCAUGUGAUUUAGCUCACAACUGGGUAUUUGUGGUUCCUGACUUACCUAACUACUAGGUACUUGUGAAUCCUGACAUACUCUACAACUAGAUAAUGGUUUCUUCCAUGUUUUGAUGGUUAUAGGGCAAAGGACAGUGUUAUUUUAUCCUUAGUUUAAGAUCAGUUAUAAUCUCCAUCUCCUCAUCAUUAUCUCUAAAUUCUAAUUCAUCAGUUUUAAAUUUGGAUUCAUCAGUUUUCAAAAGAACUAAUUCAUUACAAAAAGUCUAAGUCCACUCCCUCUCUCUUUCAUGCAUGUGUAAGUUUGUUCUCCUCAUGUCAACUGUAUCAUUAUCUUGACUUCCAACUAAGCCACAAACCUCUGUGAUACAAUCUGACAUGGCCAAAAUGUCAUGCAAUUCUUCAAUGACCUCCAUCAGAUUGUAUAUCUUUUUCCUUGCAAAUGGAACUUUUUUUUUCUUUCAAUAAAUAAAAAAUAUUUAGAGAAAAAGGUUUUAAAAUAUCUGUGAAAGUAAAUUUUAAAAGAAUUUUCUUUCUUGUCUGUCACAGCAUGUUUGCGGUGGUGAUAUUACAAGUGGUGGCAUUUUGGUUGUGUGUUCGUAGUAAUGUAUUUGUUUUUUAAUGAAGAGCUCAAUCUGAGUGUGCAUGAUAUAUGUAUAUAUGUUGUUCAGCCUGAAGUCAGCCUUGAUUCACUAGACUUUAAAAUCAAAGAAUACCAGCUGUGACCAUUCUCUUUUUUCCGGCACUGUGUCCAGCACCACAUCAUCCACUGUAUCCUUCUUUUCUAAAAGGGUAGGAUGUAAUUUGGUUCAACAUUAUGAUAUAUAAAACUAGAAGUAACCAGCUGCUUCAUUUGACAACAAAUUUUCUCUCUCCUUCAAACUGUGAGGCAUUAGAUAGGUGAUAAGUGGACAGUAAAGACUGAACAAUCAAUCUUGAUAAAUUUAAGUGCCUGUUUUACAGGGUUGUUAAAGAAAAUCAGUAUUAAACAGAUGGGAAGUGUUAUCUUGAACAUGGGUGUAAUCAGUAUGAAAUGGUUAUGAUAAUAGUUUUUAUUUGUUUGGGCAGGGCUCAUGACCCUUUUUCAAGGUUUCCUCUAUUGAUGGGAUGGAAACCUCAAGCCACAGACUUGUCUCAAUUGUUUACAUGUACAGAGUGGACUCUCUAAAGGCACUCAAGGACCAGGUAGAGAUGUUAAACUAGGUAAUGGGCUAAGUCUAUCAUUCAGGUAGACCAUGGUAGGGUUUAAACUUAGGACACAAAGAGCUGGAACAAAUAUUGCACAGCAUACCAGCUAGAGCACUAAUAGAUUCUGCCAAUUCACCAUCCUAGAUUGGAACUUUAUUCAUUGACCAUAAAGGAUAAAAUUGACUCCAGUGAAUGCUCAGAACACAAGCCAGAAUAAAUUCCACAAGGCAUUUCAUCUGAUGCCAAUUUACUGCUAGAGGGACUUGUGUAAUUAAGAAUCAAGUAAUUUGUCCAUAAAUAGAAUUUAGUAUCAUGAAAAAAACAUAUGAAGAGUUGACACAUCAGUUAGCAAUAUAAACUUUAUUGAUUUUGUCAAUUGAAGGUCUCAUACAAGCAUCAAAAUUUUUGUAUUUAAAAAAAAAAAUGUUUAGUUUGGCUAGUUGAGGCAUUGGGCUUUGCUUGGAUACUGAAAUUUGACUCUUCAUAGGUAGGAGCAGAAACGCACUAACCAUAUGCCUGCACCUCAAUGUUAAGUUAAUAUCCAUCCAUAUUAACCAAGAUUUCUUUUAAAUGAGAUAUGAAAGUAAUUGUGUAAUAUAUAAAGUAUCAAACUUUUAUAUAAAUUAAGUCCAUUUAACAGAGCAUAAUACCUGAAUAUUUUGUAAAUAUAAACAAAUUUAUUUGUGAAACAACAAAUAAUUAUGCUCUACUUCAUGUUUGAAACUACAUAGUGACUUUUUGGAGAUAUUUUUAAAUGAAGAAUUUUAAUAACUGUAGUAUUCCAGUAUAUAUUUUGUCUAUACAGUGUCAGCUGAGAAAGUGAGUGAUACAGAAAAAUGGAGAAUUUACCACUCCAUGACAACUAUCAGUCUUUUCUUGAAUCUUCCUUGUCUUACUUCAGGAGGACCUCCAACCUAAGAUUUUUUUUUCUAUCAUGUAUAAUUCCAGGAUGCAAAUUUUGGAAAAUAUUCAUUUUAAUGUUAAUUCAAAACAGACAUUGGUGCUUAUAUAGUUUGAUUUCUUUUGAGUAAAUAGAAACUGCUACAUUUUAAAGAAGUACAUGGGAAGUUGUAAUGUGUAUACCUCUAGCAAACAUCUUGGUUGUAUAAAUGCAAUGGAAACCAUUUUACAGUUUUGACUCAGAAACACCAAGAGGUUCUUUUUAGCUAAAGAGCAGUUGCCAGAAAUCUAUACCAUUCUGCUUGACACAACAUGUAUUCAAGUAUUGCUUUCAACAGCCUUGUCUAUGGAGGAGAAUCACCAAAUUUAACAUAAUAAAGCAUUAUAAUGAUCUAUAAAUUUAUGCAGCAAAAUAGAAAGGAAAUUUAUAAAAUCUGUAAUUUCUAACAGUCCUGCUUGUCUUUAUUGCUCACUAAUUUGAAAUGAGAGUUACCUUCAUACUGUUUAUAGUCUUAGAAUUUUUUUUUCUAUAUCUAAACUGUAUCCCUUAGAAAGGUUUCUGUAUCCACAUUUUUUUUCAAUUAAGGUUUCAUAUUUGAUUUCAUCCUCACAUAAAGAGUUACAUACUUUUUCAGUCUUUUGGCAGUAUUAUUUCUAUGAAAAUUUUCUUUUUUCUUCUUAAAUUGGAGAUCUAAAUGUUUUUAUCUGCUCAUCCAUUCCAAGUUGUGAUUUUUCACCAAAUUCUUUCAUAAAAGUGAUAUAGGGUUCCACUUAGGGACUGUCUUCAACCAGAUCCAAAACAUUUGUCUGCAGUCUAUUUCUUUACCUUUUCAAUAAGAGAAUAUUUUAGUUUCUUCUAAGCAAGAUCUCUUUUGUGUAGUUAUAGGCACCUGUCCAUUUGGUAAUUUUUGGAGAUGAUUUUCUUUUGGGUAAUGUUAGAAAUAAAUGAGGAAAAAAGUGCUAGAUUUGUAUGAUCUUUUCAGUUCAAAUCCUAUUGGAAUCAGUUGGGCCUUUAUCCCUCAGAACUUGAUAGAAUGAUUUGUCUAGCCUCCAAGUCAGUCCUGAUUAAGUAGACCUAUACUAAAGUAUUCCAGGUGUGAUCUAAUCUUCUUUGACUGCACCAUCAAAUAUGUCCAUAUGAUUUUUUUCUUUUGAAAAGCAGUAGGAUAUGGUUUGAGUGAGAAAUUGGUGGUUAUUUCUAGCAGGUUAAUUGACUAUGUAGAAUUUCACUAAUUGGGGGAAUAAAUACUAAUAAUUUACUAACACUUGUUCAAUGAGCUCUAAAUUCAAUAAAGAAAUCAAAUUUAGUAGAAACAAAGCAUA